ACUGUGUUUAUAAGGAAGCGGCGCAUCUGUCAACGAGAUGCACCUGGCAACAGAAUCGGCGCACUUCUCUUGUUGGCCAUUUAUCAUUUAUCGUCGUCGAUCAUGGAGCAGCCUCAGGGAAAAAGAAAAAAUUCCGCCGUGUGGGACUAUUUUGAUCAAAUACCGGAUAAUAAGGUUAAAUGUCGCAUUUGUUCGACAGAAUUGUCGUACAUCAACAAAUCCACCUCCUCAAUGCUGAGGCAUUAUAGGGCCAGGCAUGAAAAUGAAGUUCCAGAGACACCCAGGAUAAACUCAGCUACCAGGAAGCAGAUGCUGGAUGAGGCUCUGCUGAACUUCAUUGUGAAGGACUGCCAGCCCCUCAGCAUUGUGGAGAGUGAAGGGUUCAGGGAACUGGUGCAGGUCCUUGAGCCAUCAUAUGUUUUGCCUACCAGAAAGACCAUCAAAAAAAUGCUGGUGACAAAAUAUGAGGAGGAACGGGAACGAGUGAAAUUGGAAGUACAGCAAGCUGUGGCAGUGAGUAUAACAGCUGACAUGUGGACAUCUGUAAACAUGGAGGCUUACUUGGCUCUUACCUGUCACUACAUAAAUGAUCCUUUGCAGUUGUGUACAUCUGUGUUGGGUGUGCAAUACUUUCCACAAAGUCACACUGCUGACAAUUUGGCCCAGGUCAAAAGGGACAUGAUGGCAGACUGGGCCAUAACUAAUAAAGUAAAGUGUUUUGUGACCGACGCAGCACCAAACAUGAUUGCAUCCACUAGACAGCUCCAAAUUCGACACUCAAUUUGCAUAGCACAUAGUCUUAAUUUAUUAGUUAGAAAAUCAUGUGACCAGAUCCCCACACUUGCAUCCAUCAGACACAAAGUUAGGCACAUUGUCACAUACUUCAGAUCGAGCACUACAGCUAAGGAGAAGCUUGCUCAAGUGCAGCAACAGAUGGGACGGCCAACCCUGAAACUCAUCAAUGAGGUGGCAACACGCUGGAACAGCACAUAUGAAAUGCUGUCAAGGCUACAUGAUGAGAAGGAGUCAGUGUGGGUAUCUCUGGCCUCUCUAAAAACAGAUUUGACUCCACUUACAGCUGAUGAGUUUAACAUCGUAGGAGAAACACUUAUUGUGCUUGCUCCUUUCCAUCAAGCCACAGUGGAGUUGUCUGAGGAGAGGCGAGUGUCAGGGUCAAAGGUCAUCCCGAUGAUGAAAAUGCUCUACCUUGCACUAGAGCAUAGUGCUUGA